GCCCCCGGGCUCAGCAAAUGGCCUGCUUCGUAUCGCCGCACUGACGGAGAGUGUCGCCACACUGGCGUUCAAGCUGACAGGGCGACACAAAAAUCAACUUUGUCUAUUUUUAAUGGACACGCUUCGAGCGGCGGCGGCGGCAGCAGCGGCAGCGGCAGCGGCGGCGGGCGGUUUGUUUUCCUUUCGUCUUUAUCUGUAGCUGCUCAAGCAGGCAAAGCAAGCAAGCCCGUGUGAGCCCCCCGUGUGUCCCUUGCUCGUCUGGCUAACCUCCUACUCGUCCACAAACAGUCAAAUUUAGAACAGCAUGGUCAUGGCUGACAGUGUCCAGAAACCGCUGAUCCGGGGUCCGGUCCGAGUGGGCUUCUACGACAUCGAGCGCACUUUAGGAAAGGGCAAUUUCGCGGUCGUGAAGCUGGCUCGACACCGCAUUACCAAGACCGAGGUUGCAAUUAAGAUCAUCGACAAGACCCAACUUGAUGCUGUCAACCUGGAGAAGAUCUACAGAGAAGUUCAGAUCAUGAAGAUGCUCGACCACCCCCACAUCAUCAAACUCUACCAGGUGAUGGAGACGAAGAACAUGCUUUACUUAGUCACGGAGUAUGCCAAGAAUGGAGAGAUCUUCGACUACCUGGCAAAGCAUGGCCGUCUCAGUGAGCUGGAGGCCAGGAGGAAGUUCUGGCAGAUCCUGUCAGCGGUGGAGUAUUGUCACAACCGCAACAUCGUCCACAGGGACCUGAAGGCAGAGAAUCUGCUGCUGGAUGGCCAUAUGAACAUCAAGAUCGCAGAUUUUGGAUUUGGGAAUUUCUUCCAGCCUGGGGAGCCUCUGGCCACAUGGUGCGGCAGCCCGCCUUAUGCUGCUCCAGAGGUUUUUGAGGGACAGCAGUAUGAGGGCCCGCAGCUUGACAUCUGGAGUAUGGGGGUGGUGCUGUACGUACUGGUGUGUGGCGCAUUGCCCUUCGAUGGGCCCACUCUGCCUGUUCUCAGACAGAGAGUCCUAGAGGGAAGGUUUCGCAUCCCCUACUUCAUGACGGAAGACUGUGAGCACCUGAUCCGCAGGAUGUUGGUCCUGGAUCCGUCAAAGCGUCUGUCUGUGGCCCAGAUCAAGGAGCACAAGUGGAUGGCUCUGGACGUUCCAGUACAGAGGCCUGUCCUGUACCAACAGCUCCUGUCUGCUGAGGGCGAGGUGGGCGUGGGAGAGUACAGCGAACAGGUCCUUCGCCUGAUGCACAGCCUUGGCAUCGACCAGCACAAGACUAUAGAGUCUCUGCAGAACAAAAGCUACAACCACUUUGCUGCUAUCUACUACCUGCUGGUGGAACGGCUCAAGGCCCAUCGCUGCAGCUUCCCUGUCGAACAGAGGCUCGACGCCCGCCAGCGGCGGCCCAGCACCAUCGCCGAACAGACUGUCGUCAAGUCGACCAGUGGUUCAGCCCAGGUGGGUUUACUCCCGCAGGGUGUUCGUCUGUUGCGCUCCCCGGCUGUGCCCCAAGCCUCCUCUGAUGCUUUCACCUUCGCCCAAACUGCAUGUCCUCUGGAGCAGAAUUUCAUGGUGGAGGACAUCAACACGCCCAAAGUGAAUGGCUGCCUGCUGGAUCCCCUACCUCCCCCCACUGUCCUCCGCAAGUCCUCCACCUCAUCACCUAGCAACAUGAUGGAGACAUCGAUCGAUGAGGGCAUUGAGACUGAGGAGCCCGACACAGAGGAUGAUCCGCCCCACCUGCUCUCUGCCUAUCAGACGGCUCGGUUUGGCCAGAGGAGACACACCCUCUCUGAAGUCACCAACCAGCCAGGGCCUUCAAACCAAGGUAAAUUAUUCACUCUAGGCCACAACCCCUCCAUGGGUAGCGUGGACUCAGAUAUCGGCUACGACAUGGGCUCCAUGCACAGCGACCUUGGUCUGCUGGAGGAUCCCCCCUCUCUCAGUGAAGUGGUAUCAGCGAACAGCUCUGCCCCCGGCAUCACUCCUACGCCUUUCUUGAGCGCUCGCCCCACCAACCCCGCAAUGGCUGCCCUGACUUCCCAGCACAGGGAGACACACAACCGCUCCCCAAUCAGCUUCAGAGAAGGACGCCGUGCCUCUGACACCUCCCUCACCCAAGGUCUGGUUGCGUUUCGUCAGCACCUCCAGAACUUGGCGAGGACCAAAGGCAUCCUGGAGCUGAACAAAGUACAGAUGCUGGUGGAGCAGAUGGGCUCUGGGGAAGGGGCUGUCCUGGGCCCCCUGGGACCACAGCACCACUUGCACAACCUCCUGGAGGGUGAGGCGUCCAAGCAGCAGGAGGGCUUAGCUUUAUACCAAGGCGGGCCCCAGCCGCCUCUCCUGUCCCGAAGACAGAGUUUGGAGACACAAUACCUCACUCAUAGACUACAGAAGGCCAGCGUCUUGGCUAACAGUCCUGCUAGCUGUCAACUUUUCUGUAAGGAGACUCCUCGAAGUUUAGAGCAACAGCUUCAAGAACACAGAUUCAAAGUGUCACCUAUCCAAGGUGCCGAUCUAAGUGGGCUCAACUGCUCUCCCUACAGACUGAACCAGAAGAGGAUGUACCUGCAGCAGCAGUCACAGGGCAUGGGGCUGCAAGCCUACUUCAACCAGAUGCAGAUAGCUGAAGGAUCCUACCAGACAGGUAGCCCUGCUCUGGACCCGGCGGCACCUCAAACUUCCCCUCAGGGCCCCCCCAUGUCGGCCGCCCAUCAGCCUCAGCCCCAGCAGCAGAGCAGUCCUCAGGCCUCACCUCCCUUCAGCCACCCCCAUAGUUUGAGCCCUUUGAUGGAACCCGGCGAAGGCCUGGUUUAUGAUCCCUACAUGAGCCAUCACCACUAUACCCAGCACCUGCCCCCUGGAUCUCACCUCCAUCACCAGCUCCACCAUCCCCAGCAUCAUGAAGCUUCUGCCAGUGGCCUGGGCUUCAGCUACGCUGCAGGCUGUGAGCAGCAAGUCCUGGGGCCUUCCCCUGAGGGUCUUCACCCAGAGCAGUAUGAGUUCCAGCUUGACCCCUCUUCACUGGUCCCGGCUGCUCCAGGAGAGGCUGAGGUUGGAGCUAUGGCUGGGGUUUUGGUUGGUCCGGGGCACUCAGAUGGUCUGAGCCUGCCUGAGCUGCAGAGUUCCCUCCUGGACAGUGAGAUGAUGGAGACUGUGGACUCACAGCAUGGCUUCGUACUGGUCAACUAAAGCCCGCUGAGAGGGUUAACAGAAAGCAGUAUUAAGCAAUGAGAACCUACACAGCGUUAAGAGCAGAGAGAAUGGAGAUAUAAGUGGAGGCCACAAGCGUAGCAACAGGGAAGGAAAAGUGUUAAUUUUUGUACGACUAAUACAAACUUCAUUUCUUAGUUGUGAUGAACCUCAGACAACAUUUCUACCAAAAUCCUCCCUUAGCCUACCUCCCUUUCUCCCUCUCCUCUGUUCUCGUUCUCAUCAGCUCUGUGAGGCAGGAACAGGUCCGAUAUGGGGCACAGUGUGAGCUUCGCCGUGUUGACUUGGCGAGGCUGCUGUUGUCGCAGACGUUGUGCCACCUGUGAGGACUGCGCUGCGCAGCCCAGGGAUGGGGGGAUGCUGCACAUCCUGGAGGCUGCCAGAGUGCAGCAUUUCACCUACAAAUGGUUUGAAAGAGAACUUAAAAAACUUAGGACUGACUGACUGGCAACCAAAAGCACAAAGGCUGGCAGUGCUUUUUGUAUUUAAAAUAGGACACCAUCUACAACACACAUCUCAAAACACUUUUGUGCAUUUUUUUUUAUUUCAAUAGAUAAAAAAAAAACAAGUGAACAAGAGAAAAUGGCCCUCAUUUAUCACGGUACCAUGGAUAUCACCACAAAUUCAAGUGUUAAAAGUGUCCAUUUUUAGAAAUUAUUUUACACACUAAUGUGAGUGCAAAGGCUAACAUGUUUGUGGUGCAUAGGUUUCAACACUAAUACUAACUUUAGAGUAUUCCUCCAAAAAACAACAGGUAACUUUGUUUGUCAUCUGCCUAAAUAAAUACUCUAAACAUGUGGAGUGAAGCACCAGGUUACUGAGCAACGCACCAUUUGUUCAGCUUUAGCUACAUUUGUGCUUUCAACAGUGAUAAACUCUCUCCAAGCUAUUUCAUUAGUUAACUGACUAAUAAAAAUAAUAGGUAUAGCUGCAGUCUUUUGAAUAGGCUAUGUGACAUAAAUAAUACAGUUUUUUUGUUUGUUUUCUUUGUGGUUUUUGUAACAUGUAACUACUGAUCCUGAUUUAUUUCUUACACUACUGAACUGCUUUUCCACCUUUCCAUCCGAUUGCACACACUUGCCAGGUUUCAUUAUACUCAAUAUGAUGAGGAUAAUAACCCGUUUUUGCAGGCGAAAUGGCCACAUGUCUGUUUAACAGUUGAAUUGUGGGUCAUGCGUUUUCCUGAUAAAUGAGGGCUGAUGUAAUUAACGUGUGUUUGGUUGAGAAGUUGCGGUGUUAGACAGUCAAUAUUAUUCUAUUUUUGUGGCAAUACUGAAGCAAUAUUAAUCCUUAAUGUUGAGGGAUUAUGAAUGGAAGCCUCACCUGUACAGCCAGCUCUGAUUGGUUCCCGGGGACCUCUGAGUCAUCAGCAGUGACAUCACUUGAGCUGAUGAUGUAACCAGGAGAUAAUCUCUCACUCACUCGCUGUGUGUGUGUGUGUGUGUGUGUGUGUGUGUGUGUGUG